GCCACAUAAGUUAUCCCCCUCACCCCCAUCAACUCUGGCCGAGGCUGCAGGGAGUGGAAGCUCUGCCCUUCCCCAUCCUCCGCCUCAUUAGCUUGUGACAUAGAGAGGGCCAGCUAGUCCCACCCCCUCCCCUUCAGGUCCCGCUCCCUCUCCUGGUCCCGCUCCCAGUCCCUCCCCCGUCUUCUCGCGCUGCUGGUGCCGCUCCCCUCCCCCUCGCUCCGGCGCCGUGUGACACGCUCACGCGCCGGCCGAGCGAGGAGAGCGCUUCCCCGGGCUGAGCCUGCCCUGCUGCCGCAGUAGUCAUGGCUGCUGACGGGGUGGACGAGCGCUCCCCGCUGCUGUCCGCGCCCAGCUCCGGCAAUGUCACCCCCACCGCGCCGCCCUAUUUACCGGAGAGCAGCCCCAGAGCAGAACUCCCCCCUCCGUAUACCGCCAUUGCCAGUCCUGAUGCCAGUGGUGUUCCUGUAAUAAACUGCCGCGUGUGCCAAUCACUAAUCAAUUUGGAUGGCAAGCUUCACCAACAUGUUGUUAAGUGCACAGUUUGCAAUGAAGCUACGCCAAUCAAAAACCCUCCUUCAGGAAAGAAGUAUGUUAGAUGUCCAUGUAAUUGUCUUCUUAUCUGUAAGGAUACAUCUCGGCGAAUAGGGUGUCCGAGACCCAACUGUAGACGCAUCAUUAACCUUGGUCCAGUGAUGUUGAUUCCAGAAGAGCAGCCAGCUCAGCCUGCCUUGCCAGUUCAGCCAGAAGGUACUCGGGUGGUGUGCGGACACUGUGGAAAUACAUUCCUGUGGAUGGAAUUGAGGUUUAACACUUUGGCAAAAUGCCCACACUGCAAAAAAAUUUCCUCUGUCGGAAGUGCACUCCCACGAAGACGCUGCUGUACAUACAUUACCAUUGGAAUGAUAUGCAUCUUCAUUGGAGUUGGAUUAACUGUUGGUACGCAAGAUUUUGCCAGGCGUUUCCAUGCAACAUAUGUUUCUUGGGCUAUUGCUUAUCUCUUAGGCUUGAUCUGCCUUAUUCGAGCCUGUUACUGGGGAGCCAUAAAAGUUAGUUAUCCAGAGCACAGUUUUGCAUAGGCUUAUAAUGGUAGAUUAUAGCAGGUGAAAAAGUCUAGUGAUUCUGGAUGCUACAUGUUGGACAUUUUUAAAUCUUUUCCUUUAAGGAUUCCAUUCUGUUACAAGUAGUUUUAAGACAGGGGAUCUUUUAAGAACAAAUGUUCAUUGCACUACGUUAUAUGCAAAUAGUUUGUUUUGCUGCUAGAUUCCCAAGCUCUGAAUACUAAAGCUUUGUUUACAUGUUCAUGCACCUGUCUUAAAGGUAUUGUUAAAUUUAAUUCCAACAAACAGUAUUAAAUUUUACGUUUCCUUUUUAUUAUGUUAAGAUCAUUAUGUUAAGUGCCAUUGUUUGGGUGGUCAGUAAGUACUCAGAAGCAACAGGUGUUUAUAAGUGUUUCUACAAUAGCUUCACAUUUGUACUUACGUUUUCAUUAAAACUGUAUUAAAGUGGCUUGCUUUAAAAUCUAAGCAAUAAGCAAUUUGCUUGAACUGCUUACUGUAACUUUUACCUAAGAUCAUAAUGACCUUAUUCAGGAAGUGAAAUUUACGAGUGUACUUUUGAAGACUGACACUGUUGCUAGAGAGACAACAUUUGUAAACACUGUAUGCUUUCCGGUUUUCAGGUAGAGAAAUGCAAUAUUUUGCUAAUCCAGUUAGAAACAGAAAUGUCAGUUUAUCCAUUGUUGGAAUUCAACUUGGAUAAAUUUUUUUUUCAAGGAUCCUGGGACUUAUUAAUGUUUCUUUUUUACAGGCAAAUCCUAAAAGCCAUGUUUGGAUUUAUGGAACUUUGCUCUGGUUGUUUGUGUGAGUUCCUUUACAGGGUUGAAGGGAAGUGUUUCAUAUGACUUGUUUUAUAAUACUUAGGUGUCAUUUAGCUGAACAUAGGGUGACAAUGGGUUACCUCUUACUUUCAUCUGAUCAUCGUAAACUUUUCCCGUUGGGAGAAUUUUGCCCUGGUCAUUGCAAAAGGAGGUACUGCUGCAAUAUGAAAAUGAGUAAACUGUUACUCUGAUCAUUCCAUCAAAAUAUAGCUUGUCAAUUUGACAUUGGCAAUUCAUUCAAGAGAAUGCGGAAACUGAAACCAGUUUAAUUUUCUAAUGAUGUAUUCACAAAGGAUUAAGGGACCAGUUCUUGUACUGCCCAUCUUUACAGUUUUAAACUAGUGUUUUGCUAAAUUCAGAAGGAAUGUCCUGAGCUCUUUAGAAGACAGUAGUCUGUAGUGAAUGGGGUUGGGGUAAAUUAAUGUGGAUGUUCCAGGGAUACGUAUAUUAUUUUAAAUUAUCUAUGUUCCUGUUAGGACAAAGUGACAUUCAGAUGAGGAUUUGGAGCACAAUAAAUGUAUUCUUCAAAUUGUAAAUGACAUGUCUUUGUAUGAUGAUAAAUGUACAAAAGCAGUAGCUCAGGAUUACAAUGUACCUUUUAAAAUAAACUAAUAAAGAUUAUUAUUCAAAGUUAA